AUGCUCGAAGUGACUACAUCGAUGAUGUCACAGUCAUCAACAAUGGGGAUAGGAAUCUCAACAAAAGCAUCAAUCGCAAGCAUCAUACCAACUUCAAUCCCAAUUUCUCCGGCAGUUAUCAUAAAUGUGUCGGAAACAACUGCUGUGAACUCAGUAGCUGCCACAACGGUGGUCAUGACAACUGUUGUUGUGGCUUUAACAUCAAUUCCUGCGCUUACUCCUUCUACUGUACCACAGGUAGAUACAACGAUUAAAGAGAUCCGAACAUGUCGUUGUACACUACUGGAGCAGUGGCGAUGA